AUGCUUUCUAACUCUUAUAAUUGUUCUUUUUUUUACAUCCCUUCAGAUUUUCUUCAUCCUUGUUUACUCUUUCAUUCUUCUUCUUCUUCUUCUUCUUCUUCUUCUUCUUCUUCUUCUUCUUUUUUGUUGUUUUUCUAUUAUUAUUACUUCUUCUUCUACAUUAGCUCUUCCUUAUCUCUUUUCUUUCCUCUUCUUCCUUCUUUCUUACCUACACCUUUUAGCCUAGUCGCUUUAUCUUCUAAUUUACCUGAUCGCCCACUAAAUUUCUUCUUUUCUCAUACUUUCUCCAACUUCUUUGUUCUCUCCUCCGAGCGCAUCCAUUCCGUGUCUUUAUCACAUCCUCCUCCUUCUCCCCUCUUUACAUAUCUACUUCUCUUUUCUUACCUUCCAUUUCUUCUUUUUUGUUUUUCUUUACCCUCGUCUCUUCUUUUCCUCUUAUCUCUCUUUCACCUUCUCAACCUCUUCGUUAUUAUCCCUCCUCUCCCGAUUUUCUUUCUUUCUUUCUUACACCAUUUUUCGCUUUAUCUUCUAAUAAUCUUUCGGAUUCCAUUCGACUCUAUCAUUUUUGCUUUUUACUUUUUAACAAACAAUCAUGAAAGUGCAAACUUUUCAAGUUUCUAA